AUGUAAUAAAGUUUUAAAUAACUCUAAUAAACAUAAUAUAAUUAAGAAUAAAUAAAAUAGUAUAUAAAUGAAGUACGUUAAAUAAAAGAGGAAUACUCAUAUGCUCCAUAUUCUAAAUUCCAUGUAGGAUCUUUAGUAAUAGAUUAAAACGAUAAAAAAUACAUAGGGGUUAAUGUAGAGAACGCAUCUUACGGACUGUCUAUUUGUGCAGAAAGAAAUGCUAUUUUUACAGGAGUAAGUUAAGGUUUAAAAAAGAUUAAACUAAUAGUAGUAAAUUGUAAUACUAUAAAAGUAGGAAGUCCUUGCGGUGCUUGUCGCUAAGUUAUUGCUGAAUUUUCUGAUGAUAAAACUAUUAUUAUUUGCUCUAAUGAAUAAGAUUAGUAUGAAAUUACUGAUUUAUAAGGAAUUUUACCAGGAGCAUUUACUCCUAAAGAUUUAGAAUAACCUAAAAAAGGAAUUAUAUAUUGA